CAUACUCGAGAAUAAGAGAAAAAUUAUCAAAGGAUGAAACGCAAGAGAUGCGAGAUGGAAGAGGCAGCGAAGGAAAAGAAAAUAACAGAGAUUGGAUCAGCCAUUGAAGAACUCUCUGUUCUUUCUAUAGCCAAGACCACAAUAGUUACCACCGAAACAGAAGCCACCAGCAACAUCAUCAAUCUACCAUUAAAGCCUCUCCUCUCAUUUUGCAAAUUAAUCAUCCAAGUUCUUGAUAAAAUUGGCCCGACAAUGGCUGUUCUCCGACAAGACAUUAAUCAAAAUAUUCAAAGAUUAGAAGAGAUGUGGGAGUCUGAUCCUAUUAUGUACUCAAAUUUGGUUGAGAUAAUGAGAAAAGAAGCCAAUGAAGGAUCCUCUAAGAAGCCUAAAAGCUGUAGCAGAGCUACUCUUUGGCUAACCAGAGCGAUGGAUUUUACAUUGGCACUAUUGCAACGGCUAGUCAAAGACAUGUCACAAAACAUGGAACAAGCGGUUGAAGAAAGUUAUAAUUUGACUAUAAAACCAUGGCAUGGAUGGAUCUCUUGUGCUGCUUUCAAGGUAGCUCUUAAGCUGGUACCAAACAAUAACACAUUCAUUAAUGUGCUUGCGGGUAAAGACGAGAGUCACCAGAUGGUUCAAGAUGAUAUAAGAAGUUUAAUUUCUUUGCUCAUUCCACUUGUAAGCCAGCUCCAUUCUAUUUUGGAACUGUAUGAAGUGCACAAACUAAAGUCAACGUGAGAAAAAGAACGGAGGAAGACCUUAAGAGUGUAGUUUGGUUGUAACAUAUAUAGUUUAACUUGUAGCAUCAUUUUUCUGAUGGGUUUUCAAUUUUCUUCGAAUGAGAUAUUUCAUCUCGCAUGCAUGCAAUGAUAAAUUUUUUUUUGAAACUAUAAUUUUCUUUUUGGCACAUGAGCUUUUGU